CGUUGACCUUAUAAUUUAUUUCUUACUAGCGUGUGAUAAUAUUUAUCUUUCAAAAUAUCUUAAAUUUAAGAUAUAUUUUAAGUGAUUGUUGCGUGGUAAAACGUAGUCAUAAGAGUGUGAUUUUGGAUUUUUGCAAUUCGUUUGAUAUACGUCACAGCGCCAUGUUGUAUUCCUGCGCUGAUUGCAGGCACGAGAAAUCUGCCAACCCGUUUAUUUUUCGGGAUUAGUUCCCGAUAAUAAAUCGAACCGCGAUUUUGUACUCAAAUAUAUUUUAAUUUAUAUUUGUUGGCAAAUGUAAACCAACAUUAGUGAAUUCGAUGAAUCCUUGUUGCCUCCUUUCGAGCGCUAACUCCUAGUUUCAACUGCAGUUUUGUGCAUCCGCGAAAGUUGAAAGGACUGUGUUGUAAAAGAAGUGAUAUUAAUUAGCCAAAAUUCCGGUCCCUACGCGCAGACGAGAAGGUGCCUACCCGCCGGGGCAGUCGGGCGAAGGAGAUAUGAACAACAAACGCAAAAAUCGCCAAGGGCCGCCGAGGUCGCCGCGAGGUCGCGUGGUGGCCGAGGGCGUGUACAACAACGCCCACUUCAUGCACGCAGCCACCUCCCACGUUGGCGACAUCGUGCAGGUCCUCACACAGUCUGGUAGCCUCUGGGAGGGCGUGUUCAAGACUUUCAGCGCGCAGUUUGAGGUGAGUCACUCCAGGCAGCACCUUCGUGCACACUACCACCUCCCACUUCUAUCGCGCAGGUCGCCGCGAGGUCGCGUGGUGGCCGAGGGCGUGUACAACAACGCCCACUUCAUGCACGCAGCCACCUCCCACGUUGGCGACAUCGUGCAGGUCCUCACACAGUCUGGUAGCCUCUGGGAGGGCGUGUUCAAGACUUUCAGCGCGCAGUUUGAGGUUGUAUUAGAAGUGGCUCACCGCGUCGACCAAGAGGGCGUGGUAGCGGUCGACUCAGUGGUCGAGAAGCUGAUCUUCAAGCCCCAGGAUGUGGUGUCCAUUCGGGCCAAGGACUCCGACCUGGAGUACGCCACCACAGACGUGUUCCAGACCGAUGGGGCCAUCUCUAGCAAGUUUAAUGGCAACGGGCGCGCCGAGGAGCGGCAGCUGGAGCCCUGGGACUGCGACGGCGACGCGGGAGACUCGCCCUCCGUCAACGGCUCGGCGCGGCUCGGAGAGCUGGAGCUCGACCACCGCGCCAACGGCUGGGACGCCAACGACAUGUUCAGAAAAAACGAGGAGGUGUACGGGGUACACAGUACCUACGACCACUCGCUCGCCGGUUACACGCUGCCGCUACAGAGGAAAGACACACAAGACUACAGAGACGCAGAAGCCAAAGCGGAAGAGAUAGCCGCUGAAAUAGAAAACGCAGCUUCGUACAAAGCUCGCAUAGAAUUAGAAAAUGGCGACGAAGAGGAAAGAUAUGCGGCUGUUGUGCGGCCGGCCGCCGCCGACGGCGGCAAAUACGUCAUACCCAAUAAGAGGAAGGGAGUUCAGCAGGCGGGCAAGCUGACUGGCAAGCCGUCACCGGCGACCAACAACGGCGGCGCUCCCGUGAAGCCCGCCGCCUACCACUCGCCCGCGCCGCCCGCGCCCGCCCCCGCCUCCGCCUCCGCCUCCGCGCCCAAGGACAAGGAGCGUCCGCCACGGCACCAUCUCACCCCAGAGGACAGGCGGCCCUCAGACGACCCGCCGGCGGCAGCAGCGAGCGCGGUGCCGGCGCCGGCGCCGACGCCGACUGCGGGCGGCAAGAGCUACGCGGCGCACGCGGCCGGCUACCACGCGCCGCCGCCCUUCCCGCCGCACCACCUCCAGGCCGCAUCAAGCGGCGCAGGAGCAAGCGCAGGCGCAGCGCCGGCCGCCAAGCUCAACGGCGAGCCGCGCGCGCCGCACCAGCCGCACCCCGCGCACCCGCACCACUCACCGCACCCCAGGGCCACCUUCCCGCCGCACCACCACCACAACCCCGUACCACCGGCAGAGGGGCCACGACCACGCCACGUGCCCGAACCACGACGGCAGGACGAGGUGCAGGAGCUGCGCAAGUUCGGCGCCGAGUUCAAACUGGUGACGUCGCCCGCGCCGCCCGCGGCGCUGCCGCCGCAGCCCAUGCCGCAACCGACGCAGCCGCCGCCGGCGCCGACCACGCCGGAGGUGUCGGCCAACGCGGGCGCCGUGUCGGAGCCGCACGCCAAGCGGCCGCUGCCCAAGCACGAGCCCCUCCACCACCACAAGCCGCCAGUGGUCCCCGUGGAGCCCCCGGCGUCCCCGGGCGCGGGGGCGGGCGCGGGCUCGCCGCCGGCGCCGGGCGCGGGCGCGGGCGCGGGCGGCGUGGAGCGCGCGGCGGUGAGCGCGGCCACGCUCAAGAAGUCCACGCUGAACCCCAACGCCAAGGAGUUCAACCCCGCCGCCAAGAGCUUCGCCUCCAGGAGCCCCACCACACCCAACCCGAGCCGGCCACACACUCCUGGCACUCCGGUGGGGUCCCUAGUGGGCGGUGUGGGCGUGGGCGGCGUGGGCGUGGUGGGCGCCGGCGUCUCCUACGUGCCCGCGCCGCACCCCCCUCCACACAUGGUUGCGGCUGUCCCCGCCUACGCGAUGGUAGCGGCGGCCGCGGCGGCGGCGCAGCAGCCGCCAGCGUAUUUACCGCAUCCGCAUCCGAUGGAGAUGGGCUGCGAGUGCCGGCAGUACGCGCCGCCGAUCCUCGUCGUGGACAAGCGGGACCGCGCCGACGCGCUGGCGUACGGAGCUAUGGGGGGCGGAGGGGCGGUGGCGGGUGGGGCGGCGCAGCACGGGCCUCUGCCCGCGCAGCCGCAGAGGAACUUCCGGAAAGUUGGUGUCGGCAGCGGCGUAGGCGUGGCAGCGGCUACCGGGCAGCCCCUGCUGACUCCAGCCCCCAUGCAGCCUUUUGUACCGGCCGUGUACCCGCCCCCGCACCACCAGCAACAACCCGCGCUCCACUAUCAACACGUGCCGAACUUCCAAGUGCGCAUGUACCACGGGGGCGGCGUGUCGUCCAUGGGCUCGAUGUCCAUGCCGGAGUACGCGCCGCCCGCGCCCUCGCCCGCCGCCGCCUCGCCCGCGCUCUACCCGCCGCCCUCGCCCGCGCACACGCCGCACCAGCACCAGCACCACCCCCACCCCCACCCACACCCCCACCCCAUGCAGCACCCGCACCCCCACCCCCAUCCCCACCCCCAUCCGCACCACCACUACCAGCAGCCGCCCUUCCAGGUGCUGUGCCCACUGAUGGGCCCCGGGGGCGGGCAGCACCACCACCACCACCACGUGGCGUACCUCAACCACGCGCCGCCCACCGCCUCGCCGCCGCAGCCGCACCCGCACCAGCUGCAGCUGCUGCCGGGCGCCGGCGGCGUGGGCGGCGUGGGCGGCGGCGGCGGGGCCAGCACGCCCGGCCUGCACGCGCACCCGUGAGGCUCCCCCACCCCCGCCCCGCCCCCCCGCGCGCGCGCACACACCGCGUCGCUCCACACACGCGCCCGCCGUGCUAGGCGCGCGUCCGCCUCUCUACAGACUCGAGCUGUUACAACCGGCCCGCAACGCUACUCCGGCGUUCCUGAGGCGUCAAGGAGAUACUUAGGUUCCAAUAAUGUGUUUACUGCCAAAAGACCCUCGCGUUUGAAGCUCGACGAUUUUAGCCGCGUGCAGUGGUGAAGUGUCGAUUACGUCAUUGAUUUUCACAAGGAUCUUCAAAGAUUAUGAAAAUCGAUCAACGCUCUAGACCUUCGGUUCGCCCGUUGACGUAAGAGGUAAAGGCAGGUGCACGGUAAUGAAUGUGUUGAAAAUCGAUCGAGCCUAAAAGAGCAAGUUUGUCUCUGAAUAAUUCAUGUAUAUUCUUUAUAAAAAUGCAUUAAGUUAAAGCUCAUGAUAUUUGUCACUUAAACAGGUAUUUUUCUAUUAAAAUAAUAUUCCUAUUUUAUAUUUUAUUAAUUAAUCAUGACUUUGUUGUAUUGUGACAUGAUAACAUCUACAACUUUCUAAGUUUCUACAAAUAGUAUACAAUAAUUUUAUACAUCUUAUGCCAUUAUUUUAAUUUCCAAAAAAUUAUAUCAUGAGCUUUAAUUUAAUUUUGAAAUAUCUCCGUAAGUAAAAUAUUAGUACAUAAUCAAUGACUAUUGUAAUAUUUUGCCAACGGAAUAUAAAGAAGUAUUAUAAUGAAUAACACAUUUUUAUGAACCUAACGUCUGUAUAGAAAAUGUAUAGUGUGGGUAAACUUUUUAAAUAUUUUUACUCUGCACCAAAAAUUAUGAAUCGAAUUAUGUGUGAUUAUAAUAAUCAGUUGAUUCAUACAAUUUAUUGUAAUUAUUUAUCCAUGAGUUUUCAAUUCGUGUACUUUAAAAUAAUUAAAUUAUAAGAUUUGUACUAUGUAUACUUUCCAAAAGUUUGCCCAUACAUUGAAAACCUUUAAUACACUGGCAGCUUGUACAUAAAACGAUUUCAAACUUACUUUGCCUAAAUAUUUGUUUUGCAAAUGGCAAUACAGUCACUGCAAUAAUUAAUAUUUACAUUUAAUAUUAAUUCGCAAAUAUCCUCGUAUAUUCACAGUUGGCAACACUGACAACAGGCAUGCAUGUACUGUUCGAAGCGAUCGGCUUAUAGUGGGACUUAAAAUUAUAGAAAUUAAAUAAAAUGGAAAUGAGAAUGUCUACACGAAAUUGUUGCCAUGUUUAUGCGUUUUGCGUCAGAAAUUUUACAGUUACGAAGAAAAUGGUGCCCUCAUUAGUUUCUACAAUUUUAAGACUCACUGCAAAUGGAUGUUUUUUUUAAGAACUGUGUUUCAGUGUUGCCAUGCCAGUGUAAAACCUAGUAUAGACGGUUCGCUUAGCACGGCGGGAAAAAUGUAUCAAUGUAACUUUAUUUGUAAGAAUACGACCUGGCUACAACGAACUAUACCAGCCAGUUGUAAAAUAGUUAGAUAAUUUCCUUUGGCCGCGGCCCAUCUGGCCGAUGGGCGGCGGCCAUCUUAAACUCGAAUCGUCGGCGACGGUUUGGCGUUUAACAAUAUUUAUUUAGUGCUAUGUUAGUCUCCUCCGUAUGUUCUGUUGCGUGAAUCGUGUCAAUUAUGGCGGGGGACGGUCAAGAGCUGCAACAUAUAAUAUACUUAUGCCCAGCAGACUAAAGAGUCAUGCUGCAAAUUGACUUGAAGCAUAAACUGACCCACUUAGAUAAGGGUCAGAUAUGUCUGCAGCUGUACAUUGGGGAUUUAUAAGUAUAGAUGUCUGAUCUGCGUCGAAGUGAUGAAUUAUCUCUGCGGUUGAUUUAUUUAUGUGUUAAAAUUAAUGUCGAUGUUUAAAAGAGCUUGGCUCUUUGACUAUUCAAAGCUCAAUAUCAUUAUGAAGGGCAGAAUGAGUUAAAAAGUUCUUCAUUUUGAAAUAGGCAUGUAAAAUAAAGGGGAAUUUAUUACAUGUACUAAAUUGGCGCCUACAGAGAUUGGCGUUUUAAAUGAGCUAUUUUUUUUAUAUAAAUCUGUUUGAAACUUGGCCUCGGAAAAUAAAAGAGGGGCAACAGGAGUAAUAACCAUAUAAGAAUUAAGGUCUUUAAAUGCAAACAUUUAUCACUAAAACGUCAUGUGGCAUCAACAUGUCAAUACGAAUAUAUUACCUGUGGUAAAUCUAAUUUAAAAACAGAACUAUCUGUCACAAAAGUUGUUCUUUGCUAUGUAGGCUAAACUACAUUAAAUGUAUAAAAAGUGUCACUUAACGUCAAGGUAAAGGCGAGUAAAAAUAGGUUAAUUUCAACGGAAUGCACUCCGUGACCCGUUUUGAGUGUGUAAUUGUAUAAUGGUCGAAUAAAAAUGGGUUAGUUUCAAGGAAAGGCACUCAGUGACCCGUUUUGAGUGUGUAAUUGUAUAAUGAAUGAGUAAAAAAUGGGUUAGUUUCAAAGAAAUGCAUUCUGUGACCCGUUGUGAGUGUGUAGAGCAGUCGCGACCGUACCCCCGCCUGUGGACUUUGUUUUUGAUACUUUUAUAGUGCUGUUUGAGUGAGCGCGCUGUAGGUACUGUAUAUAAAGUAGGUGGCGCAAGGCACUCGUAGGUGAAGUGAGACAUACCUGCAUCUAUCCUCGUAACGCCCACCAUACAAAAUAUUUCCUAGGGAAUUUUGAUUCUAGUUGUAUUUGAAAUUGAGUUGAGUUUUAUUUGUUAGAAAAAUUUUAGAAACAAAGGAAAUGUUAUGAUUACAUGAAACUUAAAAUUCCAUUGAAACUUGUGCAUCUGAAUGUACAUUGGGCGCCAAGAGGCUAUAGUGAAAACUUGAAAGAAGCAUACCUUACAAUAUCAUAUAAGUAUACUUCACUAUACAUAGAAAGGUAUUAUUGAAAAUAUACAAUCGAAUAAUGCAGUUUGUGUAGUAUUUUUUAAAGAAAUUGUAAUUGAAAUCACAUUUUUAAGAUUUUGUCCUUAUUCACGCCGGAUAACGAAAGUUGAUGUUAUGUAUUCAAGUGAAUCCAUACCACCGUUAUUACUGUAGCUAUUUGAAUUCAAGGUGUUCUUGUUUUUAAAAUUAAUAUACAGUUCUUGAAACUGACAUCCAAAUGUAAAUCGUUUUUUAAACGCAUUUUUGAACAAUCGGAUAUGUUAAAAGGGGCUAUUAAAAUGCUGGCAGGCCAGAGUUUAACCACUAUCUUAGAUCUACUCUUAUUAUUCCCAGUUGCCAUUUAUUAUUUUUUGUCAGUUUAAUUUACAAAAUACAUUAUAAUUUUGAAACACUGAUCAACUCACUUCGCCUACCAAUGUCUUUACAGAUGCGUUUCCAUCGAUAUUUUGCUAUUUUCAAUAACUUUAUCUUAUUUGAAGUGUACCCAUCAAAUUGAAACGAUUUGUGGCUAUCCUUGUCUAAAAGACCUUUAUGUUUGAAAAGCAAUAAGGUUCUUUCCAUCUCAAAUUAAACAUAAAUAGUGUUAAAAAAAAGUCAUUAUGGACCCUAUAGUCUAGGACGAGCACAUUUUUUAUUAAAAAUCCCCUGCAGUUAUUUUUAGAUAAUACUUUAAAAAAUAUCUAUGGUUUUUAGUAUCGUAAAAACGCAUCUACGUCAAAAAUUCUCUAUUCAAAUAAUUUCUACUAUUAGUGGAGACAGAUUUCAUCUCGUUCAAGGAAUUUUAGCGGUGUUUCGCGGUCGUCGGACAAUAAAACAAAUAAAAUAGAUUAGGUUAGUGGGCAAUGAUGGCUUGUAAAUAAACCACGCGAUAUAUAAAGACAACUAAAUUUAAACUACCCUCGUCUAUGAGACUUUUCUGAUAACAUUUUGUUUUGAUUUCAUAGAAUUUAUUGUAUUUUGAUUCUGUAAAAGGGUUUUUUGAUUUCGUAAAAAUUAGAUUACUGAUUUGGAACUAACGUUAAAUAUUAAUAUUUAAGAACCCAAGCCUUGAAAGCAAUAAGUAGUUUGAUGUUGUUCUAAUUAUUAUUUCUCAUUUUAAAGUACACUAGUGUGGAACUGAGCUCUUUCCAUGCCUAAGUGGAAGGUUUAAAGGGCCAUUAUUUACUGUAAAACGUUGUAUAAUUCACGUGCGAAUAAUCAAUUCGCUACUCGUGUUUUGAUUUAUCAUCCCUCGUAAAAAUUUCCUACUUUUAGCACUUGUAUUGUACUAUUGACUUUCUUAAAUUUCUUGUGAAAACCAGAGCUUAAAUAUCGUCACAUUGCCCAAUAGAAACCUUGACUAUUGUAAUAUAUCUCUAUAUUUACCGCGAUGCAAGAUAGAUAUUUACACCUCGAAUGAAGUCCACGUGUACAUAUGUAUAUAAAGAAUAUUUUGAGGGUCACCUCCUCUUGUGAUUGCCUCAGCAGUCGAGGGCCUACUGGACCUGUGUUGGAGCUGUACUUGGCUUGUGGAAAGAUAAAAAUAUAUCGCUAUUUCAUUUAAAUUAUAAUGCUUCUAGAAAAGAAGUGUGAAAUAACAUUGUCUUAAACUUCUUAAAGUGUAAGUAAGGGUCGGGUGGUCUAGUGGCAAAAAUUUUAGCCGCGUAAGCUUUCCGUGUUCGAUUCCCGGCUCGGCCGCCGACUUGGUCUUUUUAUUUAGUGUAUGAUAUGUAUUUUAACAUGAUAAAAGGAAGCAAACUUGCCUGAAUCACAUUAUAUCUACUUUUAAAAUGGUAACCUUCAUUUUAUUUGAUGAUAUAUUUCAAUAAUACAAGACGAGCAAUAUUUAAGCGUAUGUACUAAUGUCUAUAAUAAAAUUAGACUUCCAGAAUACAAGUGGUCUCUAAACUUUACUAUGGGAGAUCUAAUAGCAUAGCUUCAAUUUGAAAACUACCUACUUUAAAGACAACCGAAGAACGUAUCAUUUCAGUUGUAAACGUCACAUCUUUUGCGUUGCUGCUAUAACAAAAGUUACUCGUAUCAAAUAUAGUGAUAUUUGUAUCGAGUACAGGCGCGUGAAAUUAACAUAAUAUAUAUCACCUUCAAAAAUAAAUAAAAUAUCCAUAGUGAAAAAAAAAUCUGUAAGAUUUUUAUCUUUUCACAAAGUCGCAAGUUGUAAGUUAGCUCGAGAACACGCUACGGGUCAUUUAUUAUUGUUUUUUUCCACAUUUUGUUUUGAUUAAAAGUUUUAUUGUCGCGUGAGCGUUGUAAGUUUGUUGCUACGAGAGUAAGAUAUGAGAAAUUCUAUGUGCGUAUGUUAUUGUUAAGCGCCAUAUAAAAUUAUAUAAAACUAUAUAUAAUGAUUUGCCGCGUGGACAGCGCGGAUUUGUUUUUCUUUUAGUAAUAGAAGAUCGGAAUUAUUUGUAAUACCGUGUAUUCUGUUCGAUUGUUCCUUUGUGUGUGUACGAGUGUGAGUACACAACUGAUUCCUCCGGCGUUCGCGGGUAGAGACGUCUCUCGCACUAUCUAGUCGGAGAGACGGGUGCUCGCCCGCCAAGCCUCGUGCGAUGUCGUACUGCCAAGCGACGCUACUGUCUGACAUCGCAUUCUCGAUAGCAUUUAGUUGAUAUAUAUCGAUAUAUAUGUAAUGUCACAUCGAACUCGACGACCGUUCGGCCGAUUUGAUCAUUGUGCCUUGACGUCGUGUCGAUUCGAAAGACAAAAACUAAGCGUAUUACGCGAAGAUCGGAGCAGCUUUUGUAAAUUUGGCAAUUGAUUGCCCAUGUAAAUAGGCCGCCCGGAUUGUGGGCGGCCGUUAUUUAUAUACCUCUAUAUACACUUUAUAUAUAGAUGUAUAAAAUUGCCUUAUAUGUGUGUGUGCCCGAUCGCGAGGGGGGCCGCGGGCGGAGAGCGAGCGAGGGGCUCGAAACCCCGUUUUUCUAUGAAUGCUGUGUACUAGAAACACUCGCCGCGCUCUCCGCUCGAGGUUCGGCCUCUAAUGAUUGUUACCAACGUGUAGAUGGUGGCGCGGCGUGCUGUGUAUUGUCAAUUAUAGAACUGUCCAUGUUUUCUAUCGACAAAAAUGUCAAAAUUGUCAUGAUCUUGUUCAUUUAAAUUUGAAAUGAUGGAACAACACUAUGCAAAGCAUUGGGUGCAAGAAAGAUUAUAUUUUUUGUCUGUAGGAAAUACGGUAGCGAGUUUAGCGCGUCUAUUUCUAAUUACUUGCAUGAAAAAGACGGCCGUUUUGCCUCGCAAUAGUUUAAAAAGGGAUCUAACAUCUGACUUUUGUGAGAAUGCCAGCAAUCGAAUAUGAUGAUGAUGAGAAUAUGUUUUAAAAAUCCUUCGUUUUGUAUUUUCAUUUUAAUUAAAUGGUCAGAAUUGUUGUACAGGCUUUAGACAAGUCUUAUUUUGAUAUUUAUCAUCUAUAUCGACAUAACAUGUGGUAUUCAUGCAAACUUCUUUUGGUCUGUUUUAAGAAAUAAUCAUUGUUCUAUCAUCUUCUAUUCAUCUAUCAGAAUCGAUUUAGUAGUUUGGAAAUAAUAACUAAAUAUCUGCAACGAAAACCAAUAUCAACUGUGAUUUCAACCAAAUUUUGUCAAACUACGUUGUAAAAUUGAAAUUAUUUGAUGAAGAUGAGAAUUUGAAUAUAGUAUAGUAGUAAUAACAGUUAUAAUUAAAAAGAAUUGAAUUUACAGGAUUAGGUUACGUUAGUCUGCCAGCGGACGCCGUUUCUGUCAAAAAUCAUUACUCUGACUAUAAGGUAGCUACCGUAAACCUCGUGUCUUUGCCAAGUAUUCCUAUCUUCGCCUGUCUUUAUAAAAGACGAAUUUUCCGUAGAUUAGAUUCCACAAAAAUUACUACAUUAUUGAGUCGUAUUUUGCGGAACCUAUUUAUAGGCGGUAGUUUCUUAUAAAACCAGGGGAAUAUGGAUAUAAUAACGAAUUGAUGGUGUAACACAUCACAUCAAAUAAUUUCAAAGAGUCUCACUAGCACGCCGCUACCCCCUAGCAUGAUACUGUUUAAACUAAACAGUAUCAUGCUAGGGGCCGAUUGUAUAAUUAUGUAUAAAGACUGAAAGGAGUGGAGAGCUAAGGAUGUAAAUUGGUUUUUAUAAAACGCCUACUUGAUUUAAGCUUAGCGAAGCGAGGGCGUGGAGCACUCUGUGCCAAACUCGAUGGCAGGAUGUUUUUUUAAAUAACUUGUAAUUGUUCACCACGAACACCUGUGGCCGCAAUUAUUUUUCAAUAAAAAAGUAAAAAAAAACGUGUUUUGAACACAACA